AUGUCUGCCUCACCAACCACUGCCACGGCGCCCAGCCAGAAGCGCCCGCUGGAGGAGCCGUCGUCGCCCUCGGGCCCCGGCGACCAGCCCGACGCGAAGCGGCCCGCGCUGGACAAGAUCGUCAAGGAAGAUUCGACCGAGCAAGCCCCUUCCGCUCUUGAGCCUGCCACCGCUUCCGCUCCUUCCGAGUCGGCUAAGAGCGAUUCUGAAGCCCCCGCGCCCGUUGCGCAGAAUGGCACCAAGGACGUCCAGGGCGACACUGUCGUCCCGGACGCCCCCACCUCCGCUGCCUCUGCCGCCCCCGAUACCCAGCCCAUCCAGUCGACCUCGACCGCCAAUGGUCCCUCGACUGCCCAGCCUGCUUCCGCCGGCCACCAGGACGAGUCAAACUGGCUCCAUGUCCGCGCCAUCAUUUCCAGCGCCGAGGCCGCCACCGUCAUUGGCAAGGGCGGUGAGAAUGUCACGCAGAUCCGCCGCAUGUCAGGAGCUAAGUGCACCGUCAGCGACUACUCCAGAGGUGCUGUUGAGCGUAUCUUGACCGUCAGCGGCCUUGUAGAUGCAGUCGCAAAGGCAUUCGGUUUGAUUAUUCGCACGCUUAACAACGAGGACCUCAACUCGCCGUCCACUCCACAGUCUAAGACGUACCCGCUCCGCCUACUCAUUCCUCACAUCCUCAUUGGAUCCAUCAUUGGCAAAUCCGGUGUGCGCAUCCGUGAGAUCCAAGAGGCUUCGGGAGCGCGUCUGAAUGCUUCUGACUCGUGCCUUCCUCUUUCGACCGAGCGGUCUCUUGUGGUCCUCGGUGUUGCUGAUGCCGUGCACAUCGCGACGUACUAUGUUGGGAGCACUUUGGUUGAGCAGCUAACUGAGAGGUUUGGCGGUCCGGGAGCUUCGGCAUAUGCAACUCGUAGUGGCGGGCCUGCCGGUGUCGUUCCUGGUGGUAUGCAAGUCGUGCCGUAUGUCCCUCAGCCGGCUGGGGGCCAAUGGGGUCCGCCGGACACGUUCAACCGCAAGGGCCCUCAGGCACAGAGGACCCCGGCCGCCGGGUACGGAGCGCCCAUGCACGGGCAGUAUCCGCAGCAGCCGCAGGCGCCGCUCCACUACGGCGCUGGCUCACCCCGUCACGCAUACACGGGUGCUGGACCCCACCAGCCUCAGCAGUACGGUGCCCCCCACGUGGCACAGCCCAGCCAUGCUGGCCAGCCCGCACAGCCCAUGCAAGGCAUGAUGCCUGGACAGCCAAUGACGCAGCAGAUCUUCAUUCCCAAUGACAUGGUCGGCGCCAUUAUUGGUAAGGGAGGUGCUAAGAUCAACGAGAUAAGGCAGCUCAGCGGCAGUGUCAUCAAGAUCAAUGAGCCGCAGGACAACAGCAACGAGCGUUUGGUUACCAUCACAGGAACCCAGGAGUGCAACCAGAUGGCACUCUACAUGCUCUACUCUCGACUCGGUGAGGAAACCGCGUAG